AUGGGUUCAUCAGGCUUCUCACCAGCUGUACCACCAGUCUUCAAUGAAGAGGGCUAUCAUAUAUGGGUGGUCAAAAUAAAAACCUACCUCCAGGCAUUCGACCUAUGGGAGGUGGUCAACUCGGAUGUUGAACAAGAACCACUUAGAGCCAAUCCAACCGUGGCUCAGAUUGGGCAGCAUGCUGAUGAAAGGACCAAGAGGCACAAGGCCAUGUCUUGCAUUCAAAACUCUGUGUCAGAUAUGAUCUUUACAAGGAUCAUGUCCUGUGAGACACCAAAACAGGCCUGGGACAGAUUAAAAGAGGAGUUUCAAGGAACUGAAAGAACAAGUGAAGUAAGAAUAGUGGAGAAGGUGGUCUCAACCUUACCUGAGAGGUAUGAGGGAAAAAUAUCUUCCCUCGAAGACUCAAGGGACCUCACCAGCAUUGCAUUGAUAGAGCUGAUUAAUGCUCUUUAUGCACAAGAGCAAAGGAGAGCCAGCAGACUGGAGGAGCACCAGGAAGGUGCCUUCCAAGAAAAAACCAAACAUGCUUCGAGCACCUCUGUCUAUAAAGGCAAAAAGGCUUGGAGAGACAAGCCUAAUUCAGAUGCUGCAAGAAGAAGGGACCAACCCUGUAGGCAUUGCAAAAGACCUGGUCAUUCAGAGGCAAAUUACUGGUUUAGACCAGAUGUGCAAUGUCAAUACUGCAAAAAGAUGGGCCAUGUUAAAAAGGUUUGCAAAAGCAAACGCAGACCAAGGCAAAAUCAACCACAACAGUCAAAGGCUGAAGCUAGAGUAAUAGAAAAGGGCAGUGACCAUGAGGAGUAA